UACAAAUCUCUGCGGCUCCGGAAUAAAAGAGCUCCGACAGCGAGGGGGAUAAUAAUUUAUCCAGCGGGAGAACAGGAGAAACUGACCCUCUCCCUUCUGUUUUCAAACCCCGCGCAACAGUCCCCUUGAGCUGUAAAUAUUUGGCAUCGGUGGGAUUUUGUGGUAGGAUCAGGAUUCUCACCCCCUGCCCUCUCCCUUUUACCCCCUUCCUACCCCCCCAAACUCCUGAAUGCUGGACCUUCCUAUUUUGGCCUCUACUGACAUGACUGACAACUGGCUGAACGUGCAGUCAGAGGAAGAGAAAGGUCAGGAGAGCAGCAUGGUAGAUUCAGGCAACUUGGACGACAGCUUGACCAGCUUACAGUGGCUUCAAGAGUUCUCCAUCAUCAAUGCCAACAUGGGCAAGUCUUCCUCUUCCCCGUGCAGCACCGAUCCCCAUGGCUAUCACAAAAUUCCUGGAUCAGCUGCACCAUGUUCUCCCCUGGCUGGUGAUCCAGCUUGCAUGGGGAUGCCCCAUACUCCAGGCAAGCCCAUUUCCUCUUCUACAUCCAGGACUGCACACCUGCAAGGCCAACCAUUGGAAGACGUAGAUUACAAGACUAAUCCCCAUGUGAAGCCUCCUUAUUCCUAUGCCACACUCAUCUGCAUGGCAAUGGAAGCCAGCAAGAAAACCAAAAUCACCCUCUCAGACAUCUAUAAGUGGAUUACGGAUAAUUUCUGCUACUUCCGGCAUGCUGACCCCACAUGGCAGAGGUUGCCUGCAUAUAUGAUUAAGGCCCAACCCUUCCUACAUAGCCCUCAUCCUCCAACAAGUCUGUAUUGGCAGGGUGGUAGUGACGAGGAUAAUCACAAUGUGAUCCAAGACAUCCAGCUGAACUCCAUAAGGCAUAACCUGUCCUUGAAUAAGUGCUUCAUCAAGGUGCCACGAGAGAAAGAUGAACCAGGAAAAGGUGGCUUCUGGAAAAUUGAUCCUCAGUAUGCAGACAGACUGAUGAAUGGAGCAUUCAAAAAGCGCAGGAUGCCCCCUGUUCAGAUCCAUCCAGCUUUUACCGGCAGAAUCCAACAAGAUGCCAGCUCCAGUUCUUCUGCUAACCAAGCAGCGACUUCGUGGAAAAACAGCAUCCUGAAAAUCAAUAUGGAGUCUCAACAGCUUCUCAAAGAGUUUGAAGAAAUCACCAAUGACCAGAACUGGAACCUAGUGGAUGGGAAAAUGAGCCAUAAACGCAAACAGCCACUACCAAAGCGGAUGUACAAGACAGCCCGCCUCGCCAGUUCCCCAAUGCUUACUCAGGAAGAACAGACAGAGCUUGGGUCUCUGAAAGGUGACUUUGACUGGGAGGCUAUUUUCGAUACCACCUUAAAUGGCGACUUCUCCACCUUUGAGGAUCUGGAAAUCACCCCUCCUAUUAGCCCAAUAACUAGGGAUGUAGACCUGACCGUACAUGGAAGGCAUAUUGAUUGUCCACAGGAAUGGUGCCCAGUUGGACAAGAUUAUGUCCUAACAGAAUCCAACCAGAACAGUUUGGACUUUGAUGAAACCUUAAUUGCCACUUCUUUCCUUCAGCACCCCUGGGAUGAAGGGAGAAAUGAUUACCUCUCAAGUUCUGUCAACAUGGAUCCUCUGUUUGAACUCAGCGACCCUUCUUUGCAGACAGAAUUGAAUGACUGGAACAAUACCGGCUGUCUUUAAUAAAAGACUGAUCCCUGGCUAGACGGCUCAAGAUCAUUCCAGAUCAGCCUGUUAAAUGAACAAGAUAUCCCUAGAGCUGCAGGACUUUACAGAAUGAAGAAUCCUCUGGCAAAUGAGACAUCUUUAUUAUCUUGGACCAGAAGUAUGGGGGGGUGGGGGGGUGGGGAGGUGGAGUUCCAGAGAGCUAAGCUGGAUAUAUCUGAAAGCAACACAUAUGGGGAAAUUCUGUGUCCCACAAGACAAACAAAUACAAUACUUAUUUUUUGUGUUCUUUUAAAGGAAUAUGAAUUUUUCUACUUUAGGGCAGAAGGACUGGAAAAGGGCUUAUAUUCCUUGUAGGGGAAGGGAGGACUUUUAACUAAGAUGGAAGAGCUGGCCUUUUCUGGCAACUAAGAAUGUUUUAGAUCAUCUGAAAUUUCCUCUUCCUUCUACAUCCUCUUGGUCUUUCCAUUACCUUCCCUUUCUUGUUUGUGUGUGUUGGUCUUGUUUCUACCAGGGAAAAUUUCUAGAUAAAACAUGUGACAGUAAUGUAGCAGGCAAAUACAACUUCCACCCGUAUUCUAGGAGCUGCAGCCACCUGUCUAUAUUAGGACUAGUUUAGUUGUUGAAAUCUGUAUACUCUGAUAUUAAUCAACUAGUCAAGAUGCUAUGGGCUUUUUAAAAUAGAGCCUAUUAUAUAUCUAUAUCUAUUAAGAAACUUAUAUUUUUAGCUACAGGGCAAAAUCAGUAGAUAUUGGUGGGAUGAGGAUUGUUUGUAAUAAUGUUAAUGAAGAUUGAAGUGUAUCAGUCAUUCAUUAUGCAGAGGGAAACGUAAUGAAAUAUGCAAGGGGGAAUUCUGCCAGCAGAGGAUUAAAGAAGAACACUAUACAAGGGAGCCUGAUGUUCUCCAGAUGAUUCUUUUGACUUAUUUUUGUAUUUCAUAUUCUUGACCAUUUGGCAAUCUUGACUGGAUGUGUAUGCUGUAAAGCCUAGACAUGAUGCAUGGUAGGCUAACUCUCUGAAGUUCUGGACUACUAACAAAGCAAUCUACCCUUUUCCAACUGGAAGCUAUGAAAGAAUUUGUGUGAUCAUAUGACUCCAACAAAUCAGCUGACAGCUUAACUGACCAAUUAUGAAGGGCUACAUUUUCGUCUCCUUUGGUGAGGCAGCUAUGGAAACUGCUAAAAUAUCUAUCUGUUUUAGUUGAUGCCUUGUAGGGUGUUAGUCCUCAGGCGGAGUGACAAUUUAGUGUUGGUUAAAAAAAUGUUCCUUUUUUAGUGGCUCUAAACUUAGGGACAGUUAUAAACCGCAGAACAUGUAUGCAGUGGAAAUGGCAAACAACCGAAGAAAUCACAGCUUCAUUCUGCCUUGUUUUUCUUAUUUUAUCCUAAAGCUGAUGUUGCCCCCCCUACUAGGUAUUUUAACUCAGAAUGAAUGUUAGUCAAUAGUCAUCUUAAAAUUUGCAUGCAUUCAAAUAAAUUAAAAUAUGCACGUAGCCACAAUAGUAGCUGAAGUACUCUCUUUCUGAAUAUAGAAAUAUUUUCUGUGUGUUACUUUGUAAGAACUAUAGCAUAAGGGUAGAGCUCUAUGUCUUUAUUUUGCAGAAGGGAAAACCUAAAGGACUUUCAGAAAACACACUUAAAUUGCUUUUUACAUGCCAGCAUCUCCUUUACGUGCACGCUAUGAAUCUUUAGAUGUUAAUGUCCUCAUGUGCUUAAUCAGAAUAUCCCCAUAAUUUCCAAAUGUGGAAGAUGUCAUUCCCUCAGAACAAAAGUCCAGUUUUUAUGUUUUUCUAUGGUAAAUAUGACAAUUGGUCCCUGAUAAAUACCCUAGUAUGCCCACAGUGACAGGAAAACGCACGCCCAUCCAUCAGAUUUUUUGAAUGAAAUAGGUACAGUGCAUGGGUUAGAAGUUAGAAAAGAAGUUUCCUCAUGAUACAUUUUGAAUGUUGGUAACUUCAAAAAUAAUCCCUAUUGUCACAAAAUUAAGUGUCUUAUUCAAGAACAGAUAGCCCAAAAUUAGUUAAUUGUCAUAUACCACAAAUAUUAAUGCUGUGUUGUGAUGAGAGGGAUGGGUGCUAUGACAAGUGGGAUGCAUUUUGAAACUACAGUGGAACCUCGGAAAUUGGCGCCUUCAGAAAUCGCUGAUUUUGGUUUUCGCCGGUCACCACCGGCCGUUAGAACGUCUCGGAUUUCGCCGGCAGUCUCGGAUUUUGCUGACGUACAUAGCGUAAAUUACUUAAUUUAUGCAAUUUGCUACGCUGUUUGCGUAUGCAAUCGCCGAUUUCGGAUUUCGCCGAUAAUCGCCAGACAGAUUAUCGGCGAAUUCCGGUGUUCCACUGUAUUCUUAUUUCACUUUUUGUAUUUACCCUCCUCACUUCAUUCCUUGAAGGUGCAUCAUUUAUUCUUUUUACAACAGGAUACUGAAGCUGAGAGACAGAAGGUCUUGUCACAUGAUUUAUACAUGGAGUGUCUGUGUGUGUUUGAGAGAACGAGUGCAUAACGAGUGUCCGUGUGUGUACAUGCCUCAUUUGUUUCACAUAUUCUACAAACGCUCCUAAAAGUGCAUUUCUGUUGUACUCAAGAAAAGAAAAGAUUUUUUUUGUACACAAGAAAAAAGAAAAAUAGAAGCAUUUUCGUAGAAAUCUUAAUGAUGUCAGAAUUAUAGGUGUGCUUUUCUUUGCAUGCUUUAUCUUCUAUAUAAAAUUAGUCAGUGUUGGAAAAGAAAAUCCUGGAUAUUAAAUAAAGGGAAAGCAAAGUUAAAUGAGAGUUGCUGUGCAAAAUGGAGGUGGUGUUCAGCUUCAGUUUUUAUCUAACUGAAGCAAAUUGCAGAAAUUUAUCAAAUGUAAACUUCGUAGCUUUUUAAUGCAGUCCACUUGAAUGACUCGUUCAGCCUGUAAAUGGCACAAUCCAUAUGAAAGUCUAAUCCCCAUUAAUCUCAGAGCAUACAUAGCCGUUAUCUCCAGUCAAAAUCAUAUCAGUUGAAAAUCAUUGGGGCUUUGACUCAUGUCAGUACUUUGGUAUUCAGCAUUGCAAGCAUCAAACAACACUAAGGGAUUAGAAACUGAAAUCUAAAUUUGAAUCACAAACACGAAUGCUUAGCGUCACUGUCAAAAUUUUUCCACUAUAGUCGGUUCAAGCUUUUGCCAUUGAUUUCAGUAAGUUCAGGUGACAAUCAAUAAUUUCAUUUCAACUGAUUAGAAAUCAGAAAGUGCCACAUAUUCAAAUUUGGAUGCUUGAAUUUGGUAGUUGAGUAUAUGGGGUUUUUUUUGUACAUUUUGGAUUCAGGAUUUGUUUCAGCUUUUCUCAACUGAUAAAGUUUAGUUCUGCUGAAAUUGUCUUGAAUUUCUGGGCCUUGUCCACAUGCACAAUGUACAGAUUUUCCCAAUAGUCAAACCUUGUGACUUGGAAAUGUUUUCUGUGAAAUCAUUCCGCAUGCCUUCAUUCCCCCAUUGUUUUCCCAUUCCAUUGUUUUCCCAUUGUCUCUUCAAUUGCAUUUAUUUCACACACUACUGCUGAAAACAUAUUAUUCCCAAUGGUGGUUAGAUGUCAUCAGUGACUCAGAAGAACAAUAUACCCAGUGGUGGGAUUCAGCAGGUUCGCAACACUUCGGCAGAACUGGUUGUUAAAAUGGUGCUUGUAAACAACCAGUUGUUCAAUUAUUUGAAUCCCACCACCGGAACCGGUUGUUAAAUUAUUUGAAUCCCACCACUGAAUAUACCCCUCCUAAAAACACACACCCGUACAUUUUCUUGCCAAAUUAGAGCUGCAGUAACACACUAUCAUUACUGAGGCAGUUCCUUGUCAAUUUCCUCCUGCAAAAGCAUCUUCCCUUGUCAAUGUCACAUGUUCCCAACUGUGGAUAUAGUGUACCUUGGCCGUAACAUUACAUUGCUAAUUUGAGAUGAUACAAUUAACCUGACUUGUGUCUGUGCCCUAACGUUACAUCGCUAAUGCUGUAUCACAAAGAGAUUUUUUUAAAGUUCCUUCCAAAAACAGAGGAUGGGGAGGAGGAAAAAAUGACUGAAGGAAAGGUUUGGUGACUACACAGUGCCAAGUGUUCAGUGAGGUGGAGAAAUAAAGAGUGUUUCGACAUGAUUGCAUGCUCAAGGGAAGCUUGCUUGGAAAUGGAUUGGAAAAACAUUGCAGUAAAAGUACUUGGGAAAACAAUGGAGGAAAAAUGAAGGGAAAA